CAGCUCAUAGUAGUUUUUUUUGGUGUGUUUUCACAGUUGUGUUAUUUUCUUGUGUUUCCAGGUUAGUCACCAGCUUGGGACACUCAUGGAUUUGUUUACAACAGCACUGUCAUUAGCAGGCGCUAAACCACCUGCAAAUAAAGUCAUUGAUGGCAUUGAUCUCAGUUCAGUUCUUUUUUAUGAGAACAUUACUGUCAGACCUGUGUUUUUCUAUCGUGGCAAUGAGAUGAUGGCAAUCAGAUACGGCUUGUACAAGGCUCAUUACUGGACCUGGACUAAUAGCUGGCAAGAGUUUCAUCAUGGAGUGGACUUCUGUCGCGGUGAAAACGUUACAGGUGUUACGACUCAUGAACAGAUGAACUAUACCGCCUCUCCUGUUCUGUUUCACUUAGGACGAGACCCGGGUGAGAAAUAUCCCAUCAGAUCUUCUGAAGGAGAGUACAAGGAAAUUAUGGAAGUCAUAAGAAAAGUGGUCUCAGAACACAAGUCAAAUCUGGUGCCAGGCGUACCUCAGUUAAACAUGUGCGAUAAUGCUGUUAUGAAUUGGACACCACCCGGAUGCGAAGAGAUCGACGAAUGCUACAAAGGUCCGCCGUCCCAUCCCGUGAAAUGCUCUUGGCCUCACUAAAUGAAAAUAGUUUCCCACCCCUGGCGCCAUGUAUAGCCAGCAUGGUCGUGUUGUGACGUCCUUGUGAACAUUUUUGUCUUUUAUAUUCACCCUAGAAGCAAACGUUCUAGCUAGAGAGAAAUUAGAGAGAAAAUACUUUUGUAAGUAGGGAUCAAAGAAAGGGUCCGUAAUAAAAAGGAACUUGUUGAGCAAGGCCAGGAGCCGGGUUCCUGGCUAUGUUCAAAAACUACUGUCCGUAGUGAUGAGGCAGUUCGCCAUGAAGAUUUAAAAAAAAAAAUUUUUAUAAGCAGCCCUCGCCUCCCAAAUUGAAAAAAGAAAAAAUAUUAAGUCUUGGCGCAUAGAGUAAUCUCAAUCGAAUUUUACAAAGAAGAAGAAAAAAUUCAAAAGCUGUAGAGAUGUUCAACAUGGAAAGCCCAACGAUUUGCAAUUUUAGACGUUUCUGCGAUACCUCUGUCCAAGAUAUGCAAUCCACGGUAGGAAACAAGAUGGCGGCUGUACAUUUUACGACAAUACCUUGCGAACCUAACAGCCUAUAAGACUUAAAGAAAGCCGAAUUUUUACAGUAUGUGACCCUGUACUAAGGACAAUGUGUAGCGUAGGUUUGAAGAUGUUAGGACUUUCUGUACGUUUUUAUGAACGUUGUUAAAGUUUUCGUGCUCUAUGAACUAUGGGUAAAUGUACCAGUCGCCAUCCUUUUUCCUGCGGAGGAUUAUGGCGGGUGUUUUUUAAGGCGUAUCAUUUAUUCUUAAAUUUAUCGAUUUAUCCCACUUGUCAACACUUGCACCAGCCACAGGUAAUAAAUUCGGUUUAACCUCGUUAUUUAUCGUAGGUUAAUGUUACGCUAGAGGUAACUCAUGCCGGUCAUAAACUUAUUUCUAAAACAAUAAUCUACACUCGUAAGAUGCCUUUGGCACGAAGGACCAAGAUGGAUCGGUUUUGGACACUUUCUUAAAUGUAAUGAGUGCUUGUCGAUAUGUAAUUUUCCGGAGUAAUAAAUAGUGAACUGAGAA